CACUGACCUACAACCCAAAUCCCAACACACAAUCACCAACCAUGACUACCUUCGUUGUAUCUUUAUGGGACUCGAUCUUUACGCCAGGACCGACCCCAACCCUUGUCAUAGCCAUGAACGCAUCCUUUGUCGCAUUGAUCGCCCUUCUCACCGUUCUGGCUUUCAUGACGCGGAAUAUCCACGUCUUUGCGCUUCUGGCUGUUGCGAUUGGAUUGUGUGUCAGUGUGCAAUGGUUCUUGAAGGAGCUGGCUGCAGCUAAGGAGGAGGAGGAGAAGAAGGGUAAGGAGGGAGGUGUGGCGGAGCCGGCUGCAAUAGCGGCGGAGGAGAAGAAGGAGCAGUGAUCGUGAUCUAGAAG